AUGCCUGUUAUCAAGGGUAGUAACAUCGUCGUCACCGGCGCCGCGUCCGGCAUUGGCCUGGCCACCGCCCAGCUCCUCGCCAAGCAGGGCGCCAACCUGUCUCUGGCCGAUGUCCAGGUCGACCUGCUCAAGGAGGCCGUUGCUCUCGCGGAGGCGGAUGCCAAGGCGGCCGGCCACACCAUCAAGGUCCACUCGGCCGUUGUCGACGUCCGCGACCGCAAGGCCGUUGACGCCUGGAUCGCCGACGCCGUGGCUGCGCUGGGCCGCCUCGACGGGGCCGCCAACAUUGCUGGCGUUUUCAAGUCCAACUACAAGAACAGUGUGGCCGACGAGGACGAGGACAACUGGGACUUUACCAUUGCCGUAAACCUGACGGGUCUGAUGCACUGCAUGCGUGCGCAGACGGCCAGCAUGCGCGAAAAGGGCAUCCAUGGGGACGCGUCGAUUGUCAACGCGGCCAGCAUCAUGGGCAUCAUGGGCGCCAUCGGUUCGGCCGCCUACUGCAGCUCCAAGCACGGCGUCGUGGGCCUGACGCGGUCGACGUGCAAGGAGGUCGGCAAGCAGGGCAUCCGCGUGAACUGCGUGGCGCCCGGGUUCGUGGACACGCCGAUGCUGCGGGCGUCGUUGGCGGCCCGUGGCGGCAAGUCGACAGCGACGACGGCGCCCGAGGCGGUGGCCGUGGGCCGGACGGGCCAGCCGUCCGAGGUGGCCGAGGUGGUUGUGUUUUUGCUGAGCAGCAAUGCGAGCUACGUGAGCGGACAGUGCAUCUCGGUCGACGGCGGCUGGAACUGCUGA